AUGGAAAUCGAUCUCUACGAAAUCCUUGAGGUGGAGCGGUCCGCGUCGCUGGGCGACAUCAAAAAGGCAUACAGGAAGUUGGCGCUUCGUUACCAUCCCGAUAAAGUUUCUGAGGAAGAGCGGGAGGACGCCGAAAUCAAGUUCAAGGAGAUCUCACGUGCGUACGAGGUUCUCAGCGAUGAGGCCAAAAGACUGGAUUACGAUAUUUACGGCACAGCCGACGGGUUUGCCGAAACAGGCCCGGGCUUCAGCAACAAUCCGUAUGGCGAUGGCUAUGGCUCGCAGCAGUAUGGCGCCGACGACUUCUAUAACUUCUUCCAGAAUAUGAACGGAGGCGCUCCACCACACUCUGGCGGGAGAUCCCGGACACGCGGGAAGCAGAAGACCGACGACGCGGAAUUGGAGGUUGACGUGACGUUGGAAGACUUGUUCAAAGGCAAAACCGUCAAGAUCACCUCCACUCGUGACGUUCUCUGUGGCAGCUGCCACGGAACAGGCGCCCGCAAGAAGGCGGUUCCCCGGACAUGUGCCCUGUGCAACGGCCAAGGGUACACGACCAAAAUCAAGCGCGUCGGGCCUGGAAUGGUCUCACAAUUCCAUGUAGACUGUGAGCUGUGUCUCGGCGAAGGAAAGACCUUUCGUACCAAAGACAAGUGCAAGGCGUGCCGCGGAACACUGGUCACGGAGGAGACCAAGAUCUUGGAGUUCGAGAUUCCGCCAGGCGCCCGCUCAGGUGAGCUGGUGGUGUUGGCUGGAGAGUCCGACGAGGCUCCCGGGAAAAAGGCCGGAGACGUGAUUCUCACGUUCCAUUGCAAAGAACAUGAGGUGUUCACACGCAAGGGCGACGAUUUGUUCGUCAAGUACAAGAUCACGUUGGUGGAGGCCCUCCUGGGCUUCUCGAAAAUCGUGGCCAAGCAUUUGGAUGGCCGGGCUAUCCACCUCAGCACGCCGACGGGCAAGGUGGUCCGGCCAGGCGACUACAUCCGCGUUUCGGGCGAAGGCAUGCCCGCACAUAACAAGGCGCUGGGCUGGUUUGCUUCGAAAAAGAAACGCGGCGACUUGUACGUGGAAAUCGAGAUCGAAUUUCCCUCCGACAACUGGUACUUGGAGAAAAACGACGUGUACAAGCUCAAGAACUUGCUUCCGACGGAUCUCCGCAAUGACGCAGACAAGAAAAAGCAGAGUGUGCUGGCCGACCUGUUGCCCGAGGCGAACAUCGAGUACGUGACGGACUUUUCCAUUUCACGUGCAGACACGCUUCCCAAAUACGAAGAGCCCGAAUCCGCCCAGAACACCCAACACCGCCAACACGGCGGAGCUCACGGGUACCAAGGCCAUGAGGAUGAGUAUUACGCGCAUGGCGAGCCUUCCCCCGAAUGUACGGCACAGUAA